AGGGGAAAGGAGAUUGUUAGCCGCUUUGAGACUCCUUCGGGUAGUGAUAAAGCGGGAUAUCAAAUCCAAACUCUUCUUCUUCUCUUCUAAACCAUUCCCUUCCUCUCCAGAUCAACGGUUGUCCAGGACUGUAGGGAUUGAUUCCUCCCCAUUUCCAGGGGUAUUUUCUGCAGCGGCUGAGCUUCCCGCAGCGCCACCAUGGUGAAAGAACCGGUCCGCAUCGUACCCUUGUGGAAGGAACUCCAAGGCCAGCUUUUCCACAAGCUUCAGGGUGUGCAGGAGGUGACAGAAGGAUCCAGCAUCAUGCUGAGCGACAGGCCCAACAUCAUAUUCCGGAAGAGCUGCCACCCCAACGUCAUGCCGGUCAUCUGCUACUAUUCGAGUGAGGCAAGCCACUAUUUUGCAUCCUUCAGCUGGAAGUCCUCCAAGACGAGCAAGGUUCGAGUCUGGGUGUACAACACAGAAGAUGAGACCCCCAUGACAGAGAGAGAGUACGCCAUAGAGGGAGACCCAAAGGUCCUGUACAUCUCCUAUGUUUCCCACCUGCACCUCUUUGUGACCUACUGCGAUGACAUCCACCUGAGGCUUUUUGGUGACCACACUCAGGAAUGCAAGAUGCUCUCCGAGGUGAAGUCGCCCUAUACGGUCACCAGCAUGUGCUUCAAUCCUGAGACAGGCGAAGUGGUGACAGGUGCCAUUGGCAUUGUGGCCUUUUGGUGCUUUACCCCAGGGAAGGUUCCCAACAUUGCUGUCACACGGGAGGUGCAGAUCUCAAGUGGUGAAUUUGUGCACUACCUCAGCGUGGAGCAGGAGCGCAAAGUGCUGGUGGCCUUGUGCGAGAACAUCAUCCGUGUGUAUGACUACCGAACCAAGACCCAGACCCGGACCUUCCAGGUGAGGCAAGGUUUGUCGCUCACUUGCUGCUCCUCCUAUUGGCCUCAGAGCUUCCUCUUCACUGGGGACCUCGGUGGCGACAUCAAGGUGUGGAACUUUGACAAAGGGACCCAGACCACCCAGUUCAAGGCCCACGAGAGCGCCAUCACCACCAUCACCACCAGGCACUCCUUCCACACGAUCAUGACCACAUCACUGGAUGGCCUGCUAAAGGAAUGGAACCUGACCACCUGUGAGCUCCUUCGGCGCCUGGACAUCGGAGAGCAGCUCUUCCAGAUGCAAUUCCUCAAUGAGCAGACCUUUUUCCUAUGCACCCUGUCCACCUUCUCCAUCCGGACUGUCAACACCUUCUGCCAGCUCUUCAACAUAACCAAGUCCAUCCUCACGAAGCUGGUGCGGGUGCAGUGUGGACCAGACAAGGCCCGCAUCCUGGCAGCCACGGAAGACGGGGUCAUCCGAUUCCUAUCCCCCGUCACGGGGGAACUGCUGUUUGUCACCUGGCCCUUCCAGGUCCUGGAAAAGGCCCUGGACUAUGUUUAUGACCCGGACAGAGAGGAGUUGCUGGUGACAAUGGGCACAAGCGACAUCUACGUGCUGGACACCACCAAGAACCCCUGCCCAGUCAAGUACAUCUUGCGUGUCACGGAUGGAAUCGAUGACAAGGUGCUGUGCCUGGCCUACAGCCGCCUGGACCUGGAAGGCCGCACCUGCAGUUUCAUCUUCAGCGGGUACAAGAGCGGGAAGGUACGCACCAUCACCCAGAACUUGUAUCGGAUGGGGAACCGCAAAUUGCAUGACGGCAAGGUGGUGGCACUCAGCAGCAUCUCAGCCUCAGGAAACCUGUCCUACCACUCGCGGGAGUCUUCCUACCUGUGCUCCUAUGGCCAGGACCAGUACAUCAUCCUCUCUGAUGUUCUCUUGCAGAAGAACAACUUCCUAGAGGUGUUACCUUUGGUGGUCAUCCCAAGCAUCAACUGCCGCAUCAACAACCUCCUGCUCAUCCCCGGCUACAUCUGUGCCCUGACAGAGCAUAACCGGGUCCGGCUGUGGCGCCAGGCAUCCUUGGUCCCUGGCAAGAAGAACUCCUACUGGAAGGAGACUGCAGCCCUGCACACCACCACCAUCACUUCCUUUGACUACUGCCACACCCUCAGCAUGCUGGUGACCAGCGGCUCCGAUGGCACCGUGCGCGUCUGGGACAUCCUGGGGCAGAUGCUGGUGGAGUUUGAUACGAGCCUCAGAUUCAGCCGAGUCUGCUUUGCCAACCAGCGGGGAGACCUGGUUGUGGGCUGCAACAUGAAUAUCUACUUCAUCCCAUGCGUCUCGUACUUGCCCAGAGAGCAUCUCUACAUGCUGGCCUCCCGGUGUGUGAGGGAUGACAUGAUCGAGCUCCCCUUGGUCUUUCUGCCUCACUUCCUCCUCACCUUUGACAUAGUCUUUGCGCCCAAGUAUCGCCAGGUAGGGAGGCUGGCCAAGAAGUAUGAGCGGCUGGAGCCCAUCUCCAACAACAAAGAGGUGGUGAUGGAGAACAACGUGGCCACUGUCAUGCAUUUCAUUGGCAAGGAGAUUAGCGGCCUCCCUGGGCCAGAUUUCUACGGGGCAGUGCCAUCCAUCAAGGAGCCGCAGCGAGAGUUCUUAGUGAAGUACCAGCUCCUCCCGCAGCAGGGUGCCAAGGCAACCCAGGAGAAGAAGACACUUCCUGCCGAGCCUCCGCUAGCACCACCGCCGCCCCGUGUGCUUCCUCCGCUGACCGAGCACAUCCCUGUCCUCGGCAGGAUACCUUUCCAAGCCGGGCGCACGUGGCCUAUCGCCCCCGACGGCUACGUCCCCAAUUCGGCUAUCCGGGCCCUGCUGUUCCCAAGGGGGACGCCCGAGGCCCUGCAGUGCAGCUUGGACCUGAGCAGGCAGCCCUUGCCCAAGCGCAAGAUGGUCAAGAUCCAGCUGCCGGAGGGGGAUCAGUCCGAAGAGGUAGAGACAGUCCGGAGGAGAAAGCCGCAGAGGAGGCGGCCCAGUGUGGCCUUCAUGGGGGUGAUGCGCUCCCGGGACCUGCUGGCCGAUAUCGUGUCCAAGCCUUGGCUGCGGCACAAGCCCAGCGACAACAGCUUGCCCUCCGUCACAAAGGCCAUCCUGGAGCUCAUGGACGACGUGCCCUACUCCACGUACUUGCUGUGCACUGGUGCCCUCGUCCAGCUCGCCGAGUCCUACCCGCUGCCAGACAAGGUUCAAGAAGACGCCUUCGAGCGGCUCAUCCAAGACACCACCCACAAGGAGGUGAGGAUGAGGCUGGCAGCCUGGGAGGCCUUGGGGAAGAUGGACCUGCUGAGUGAACAGGAAGUGGUUCCCCUGGCCCGAGCCCUGCUGGACGAGAACAAGAAAGUGCGUGACCUGGCCCGGUCGCUGCUGGACAAUGUGGCUGGCAUCACGGACAAAUUCGUCCUGAAGAAGGAGAUGCAGCGGAUGGCAGAUUCCAGCCUGGUAGACUUAUCUUCAUUAGGCCGUGAUCCAAACGCCUUCCCUCGCAGAGUGCGCGCUGCCGGCAUCAUGGCAGAGUCGGCGGAUGAAGCGAAGGUCGCCCUGACAGAAGGAGCACAGAAGCUGAUGAAUCGGGUUGAGAACCAGCUGACGGCCAACCUGUUCUUGAUGAACGAGAUCCCAACCAAAUUAGCCCGCGACCGCCGCGCAACCAUUGCCCGUCUUAAGUCACCACCUCAGGGAACAUCGGAAGACUUUACCACCCCCGAAACUUUCCCCACAGGACAGGCGCGGUGGCUGGGAAUCUUUAGCACGCCUGAGAAGAAAGCUGCUGCUGCUGCCCCUUUUGCCCCUGAAACAGGUGGUGGCGAUAAGCUCCCCAGGAUCGCUCAAGCACGAGGCAAGGGGCUCAUUGUGCCAGCAGUGAGCCGAGCAGCUCUGGAGGAGCCCAGCCCCACCCCCACCCCCAGCCCCAGCAUUGUCAUCUCCAGCACCAGCUCCAGCAGCAGCAGCUUCAGCAGCACCAGCAGUGGCUCCACGUGGCGGGAGGUGCGGCAUGCCAGGAGGGAGCUCAGGGCAAAGGAGAAGAAGGAGAAGGAGAAGCGGCCCAGGCCCAAGCUCCUCCCCACUGUUUCCCAUGAGGCCCCGAAGGUGAUCAAGGUGCACAAGAAACCCCAGCCCAUCCUCUUGCAGCGGCGCGACACUCGCACCCAGCUCUACACUGAGAUGCUGAAGCACCAGAGGGACAAGAAGGAGAUGCAGGCUGCCGCCCUCCCGACAUCGGAACUCAAGCCAGAGAUUACUGUCCUGCCGGCUAAACCCAGCCCCACCCUGCCGCCAGUGCCCACCAAAGGCAGCCUCAUUGAUCCUAAUCAGGAGUACAGCUCUGACAAGACCAAGUGGCGCGCCGACCUCCACAAGCUGCUGAUGCUCCGCAUUGGCCCCCACAUAGAGGGCCGCACUGCAGCCGAGGACCUCCUGGCCUCGGCCCGGUAUGCCCUGGGUGGCCGCACCAUGUCCUGGGAGGACAUUGCCAACCUCAGCCAGACCCUCCUCACUUCCCAGGAGAAGGCGGCCGUGGAGGAAAAGGCGUGGAAGGCAUAUAUGGAGGGUCUGCAAAAGCCCCCAGCAAGCGAGUUGUUGCCCGAGUCUUCCACGGAGAGCGUGGAGAAGGUGGUGGGAGUCACAAAGAAGCAAGAGGAGUUCAGCAGUUCGGAGACAGAAUUUGAGAGUGAGAGUGAGACUGAGACUGAGGAUGAAAUCGUUAGGGGGAAGGGAGUGAGAGAGCAUGGAGAGGGGAGAAGGGCCAAGCGAAAGAAGAGAGGCCGGGUGGCUGGAGAACAGGAGGUGAAGUCAGCCUCUGACAAAGAAGUGGCAGCGAAAGCGGCGGCGAAGGCGCUCCGGGAAAAGGAGCGGGAGGCGGCCAGGACGAGAGUGCGAGAGGCGAUCAAGGAAAGAGACCGAGAGGUGGCCAGGGAAAGGGAGCUGGAGGCGGCCAAGGCAAGGGAGCACGAGGAGGCCAAGGCAAGAGAGCUGGAGGCAGAAGCCAUAGCAAGGGAGCGAGAGGUGGCCAGGGGGAGAGAGCGGGAGCUGGCCCGUCGGAGGGAGCGUGAGCGGGAGGCAGCUGUAAGGAAAAGGAAGAGAUUGGGGAAGCUGGUUGAGAAAGACAGAGAGGGCCUAGCGGGGCCACAGCUGGUCAGGACAGAAGUCCUGAAGCCCAUGCCCAUCCUCAGAGAGUCAGAAAGGAAGCUGGUCGAGAAGACCGAGAGCGCCCUGGCCGAGGUGAGGGGCAAGGCCAAAGAGAGGAUGAUGGAGGAGCUCAAGGAGAGAGCGCUGGCUGAAGCCAAGCAGCACCUGGCCAAGGAAGAUGUGAAGGUGAAGGCGCUGGCCGAAGCCAGGGACCAGGCCCUGGUUGAAGCCAAGGAGCAGGCGCUGCUCAAGGCACGGAAGAUGGCCAUGGUGGAAGAAUGGGAAAAGGUGAUGGACGAGGCACGCAGGAAGGCGCAGGCAGAGUUGGAGGAGAGGGUGAUGGCCGAGGCAAUGAAGAUAGCCCAAGCCGAGGGGAAAGCGGGAGAGGAGGCCAAGGAAAGGAUCCGGGAACUGCUCAGCUCACUAGUGCUGGAAGUGGAUGAGGCCAGGGUCCUGGAGCUGGCCAGGGAAAUGGGCUUGGUAGUGGAUGAGGAGAGGAUACUGGAGCUGCUCAGCGAAAUAGCCUUGGAGGUGGACGAGGCGAGAGUCCAGGAGCUGGCAGAGUUAAGGCGCGAAGAACUGGUGGAGGCCAUUGCUCAGAGGCUGGCUAAGGAAAAAAUGUUGGGCCUGUCUGAGUCGAAACUCAAUGAGCUCAUUGAGGCCAAAGCCAUGGAGAUGGCCCUGGAGGAAGAGGAGGAAGAGGAGGAAGGAAUUAGAGAAAUGGCUGAAAGAAGAAAGAAAAUGGAAGGAGAUGAAAUGUGGGAAGACCUAGUAGAGAAGACCUUUGAGUUCCUCAAUAAUGAGGAAAGAGAGGCACUGAUGGCCCUGUGGGAGGAAGAAGUGACUCCAAAGCUAGAAGACGACCAACUUGCGCUUUCAGAACGUGCUCAGCUGUUCCUGGACCUCCUGACUCAGCCAGAGAAGCUGGAGUCCAGUGAUGCCUCCACCUACAAGCGCCUCUUCCAAGUGGUGUCAAUGCUCGAUGUUUCUUCGGGGGUGGAGGCCAAAGCCCUGGCCGAAGCUUUGCUGCAGAAAGCACAGCAGAUCUUACAGGAAGGGGAGGAGAUGAAGGGGCUCUUGAGCAAAGGGCACUCUGUUCUGCUGCAGCAGCUCAAAGAAGCAGUGGAGGCCUACCAAAUCUGGAGCACUGAUUCUCAGGAGCUUACGUCCAAGAUGAAGACCCUUCAGGAGACCGCCCUGACAGUGUUGAAGGCGAGGAACCUGAAGGCAAAGCUGCAGAAAGAUGUCAAGAGGAGAUCCUUGUGGGAGACCGUGAAGAAGGAGUGGGCGGAGGACAAAGGCAAGUUAAUUAAGAAAAGCUUCCUGAACAAGAGGCUGAAGGAAGCCAUAAAAAAACUGAAGGCUGAUGAAGAAAAGGCUGAGCAAGAAAAAAUACAGCAGCAGCGAAUGCAAAAGCGCCUCAAAUUCAGAUCCCGGCCCAUUGUGCUAGGCGAGUUGAAGGAGAAAGACAUGGAAAGGCCAGAGGAAGAAGGAAGGAGAAGGAAGGGGAAGGAGGCGGACGAGGAUGAGCAGCAGAAGAGAGAGGAGCUUGGCCGGAGCUCAAGCAAGAUAACGUGGUCCCUGGGGGGGAAGGAGAAGGCCUGGAAGGCCAUCAUGCAGACGGAGGGGCUGCCCCUAGCAGCCCCAGUUAUCAGGCCAAAGAAGUACCGGCUUCCACAGGACUCUCUGUACAGACGUGGCCAGCCAAAAGUGCGACUCCCUCGGCGGGGUCUCGGCAGGGGUCCCGUUAAGCAGGCCUUCCGCCUGGGUGCAGACAAAGGGGUUGACUGGGAGAGGUUCAUGAAGCUCUACCAGUCCCUCAUGAUCCUGAAGGAGAAGGGGGGCAUUGAGUCGUUGGCAUGGCAGGAGCAGACCACCAAGCUGCUAGACCUCUACGGCCUGAGCAACCCGCUCAUCAACGCCAUGACGCAGCAGUUGCUGCUGGGCGACCGCAGAGAGUGCACAUACGUCCAGGGCAGCAGCCUGAAGAUGCGGAAGGCGCAAGCUGGUUUGGGGGCGAGGAUACUCUACGAGAUGGUCCAUCACUCGGUUCGGCUUCCCCCCAGGCUUCCCGCCUGGCAUGGCAUCAUCCCGCUCAGCUAUCAGAACAACGUGCACACCUUCAAGGUCCGGGGCAUCACCCGCUAUGGCACCCUGUCUCUCAAGUGGAAGACCACCAUUGCCAGGGGGAAGGCCUCCAGGCUGCGCUUAUACGUCCACUCACGUUCCCAGAGCAAAUAGCCCCCCCUUUUUGUUUUGUUUUUUUUAACCCAGAGAGAA